CUUGACUUGACUUUUGGGCUUGCCGCACACGACGCUGGGCCGUCAGGCCGUUCUCAAUACUCGCUUUUCUGGGUCUCUGUCUUUCUCAUCACCAUGGGCGCCUACUACGACGAGGUCGAGAUCGAGGACAUGGUCUGGGACGAGGAGAAGCGGGUGUACCACUACCCGUGCCCGUGCGGGGACCGGUUCGAGAUCUCGCGCAAGCAGCUGAAGAACUACGAGGACGUCGCGACGUGCCCGAGCUGCAGUCUGGUUAUACGGGUGAUAUAUGAUCCUCUGGACUUCGAGGACGACCCCUCAGACGACGAAGACGAGGGCGCGUCUGCAGAAGAGGAGGAAGAUGAUGAGGACGAGGAUGAGGAUAGCGAGGAGGAGACUUUUGAGGAUGCGAUGGAGCACUUGACCAUCGCUGACGAGAAGCCGCAGGCGAUCGCCGUCGCUGCGUGAAAAUGACACUUCUCGCGUGCACACUUUACGGUCUAUAACCUUCCGACACUUCAGGACGGUAUCUAUUCCCCGCGAAUGUAUCGAUUAGCUUUGCAUACACUGUAUCACCAUAAUGACAUUGCCACAAUAUGUUGGUUUCCUUAAAUGAACUCUC